CCUGGCGGGCUCAGCGCCAAGCUCUGACCCCUCGCGCGACCCGUAGCGCGAUCUGCGCACGCGCCCGGCGGCCGGGCGGAGCGUGCGUAACUAUGGAGCCCGACGGGACCUACGAGCCGGGCUUCGUGGGUAUCCGCUUUUGCCAGGAAUGCAACAACAUGCUAUACCCCAAGGAGGACAAGGAGAACCGCAUCCUGCUGUACGCGUGCCGGAACUGUGACUACCAGCAGGAAGCGGACAACAGCUGCAUCUACGUCAACAAAAUCACGCACGAAGUGGACGAGCUGACCCAGAUAAUCGCCGACGUGUCCCAGGACCCCACCUUGCCGCGGACUGAAGACCACCCGUGCCAGAAGUGUGGCCACAAGGAGGCAGUGUUCUUCCAGUCACACAGUGCCCGGGCUGAGGAUGCCAUGCGCCUGUAUUACGUUUGCACUGCCCCACACUGUGGCCACCGCUGGACUGAGUGAGCACCUCCAACUCCCCCUGUAAUAAAUGCCAGGAUCUGUGCCAGU